AUGGAUCUCAACAGUACGUACGCUCCACCAAUCAACAAUGCCUGCGUGCCAGACAUCUACAACCGACUGGACGCUGACGUCAUCGAGAGGACUUACUGUCCUCUUAAAAGCACGUUAUUAAAAACCCGUACCAUCAGGGUCAAUCUCAGAUACUCUGCCAAAUCCACAACCCGCACCAUCAGGGACGCCGAGCGGUUUCUAAUGGUGGAGAAAUCUCGCGUAGCCCGGGAACUUGUUCGCAUCACCCAGAGACUACCCACUGUGGUCAGCCUGCAAGCUUUUGACCAGUCAGUCAAGCAAUCAGAGCAUGUGCACCAGCACAAGAGAAAGAGCUAUAUGGCAGCCAAAAACGACGACCUAGUUUGCCACCGUUGCUACGUCCACCAUCUUCCAUCAAAGAAACAGUUUUACAGAUUCAGGACACACAAACCUCCACCUGCAGUUCUGGAGGCAAGGGAAAGCUACAGCAUUACUGGCCACCAGCCCCAGCAUGAUCAGAAGAUGGCAACGAAGUCCAGUACUUCAACUUCCCAGAACGGAGCAGCAAGUUUUAAUUCUACUGAUAAGAAUAAUUAUGUUUCCAAGGAUGUCAACGAGUUGUCUGCUCAUGACCAAUUGAGAAAACCUGUUGAUAGGUUUAUACCAUCUGUUGAUGCCUUCAAGUUUUUAGACAGGGACAAAUGGGGCAGAGAGGUGGAUCAGAACCUUGGCGAUACGCCACGACUGAUGCCAAACGAACUUUGGAAGAAUUUUGUGAAAACAAUGAGUAGUCAGUAUUCAAAACAACUAGGUAUUCCCACCAAUACGUCAAGACAGCAACAAAGCAAUGAUGCCUUCUUCCGUGAAAAGUCAGGUGGCAGAAGACUGUCUGUUGUGUCUGGAAAUAAAACACGAGAGAAAAGCGAGCAGUUCUCGGGCAACCUCCGGACGAGUAGCUCUCGAAUGAACAUUUACAGAAGACCUUCUGUUGCCAAUGAAGUGCAACUAAAUGAGAUGUCCCAUUCGCAUGUCCAUUCCACGGCGAGCGCGCAAGAUACUAACAGUCAUGUUAGUGCUUCCAGAAAGGCCACCAUUAUCCAAGACAAAUUCAUUUUCCAGAUCUCUAUCAAGUGGCCAUCAGAAAUCUUCGUCUGCCAUCCCUAG